UACUCAACAUAUUAAACAUACAGCAACGCUUACUCCAUCAAAGGAAUCAAGCUCAGAAGCCCAUAGCAGUCAAGGGAGCCCUGUCCGAAAGCGGUGAGUAGAGUUCUAUACUGACUUGAACUAUUCUCAUAUAAUAAGUUUAUACUAACAUAUUAAAAUAGAUGGAUUGGUACAAUAAAAUAAGUCAGUGUCUGUGUGCUUUAAUAUCCAUCCCUUUUCCUGAUGAAGCUUCUAAGAUGGUAGAGCCUCUAGAAAUUGUGCAAUCAUUCACAUCAUCUAGUACUGCAACAGCUUCUGAACAGGAGCAUGAGACAACACGAUUCGCAAUUGGAGAAAAUGUCACCAUAUUAAAAGUCAGACCGCCAUGUAACAGAAGGCUAAAACGUUAUGUUGGAGAUUUAUCAAGCGAUGACUUUUCCACUCCCAGAAAAGCAAAGUCUAAUUAUCCGUUGAUGAAAACUUCCCUGAUGAGAUUGAGAAAAAAAGUAAAAAGUCUCCAAACAACGGUUGGUGCUUUGCAGAGAAGAAUAAAAACUCUAAGUGGUUUAUUGAAACUUUUGAAGCAGAAGAUACACAUAACAGAUUCAGCUGAAACUGUAUUGAAGGUAAGCAGAUUGAUGAAAACUCUGUGUCCCAGAUAUCCGUAUUUAUUUGUUUGUGCAAUUGAUCAACUUUUUUUCAAUAUAAUAAUUUUCAUCAACACUUAACAUACCAUAACUGGUCAAAAUACCAUUGAAAAUAAUCAUAUCAUCUUAUCACUUUUGCACAUAAAGUUUUAUUAUUUUUUUUCUAUUAAUUAUAGCAGUUGAUAUUCUAUUUUUUUAUUAGUAUUUUCUUUGUUUUGAUCAAUACUUGUUACAGAAAGUAGAGAUAUUGUCAUCUACCACAGCAGGUCAUUAGACUGGUUAUGGUAGAUUCAGAAUUAAGUAUGGGUAUGUUCAGUGUCAAUAUCUUAGUUUCAAUAAGAAUAUCAAAUACCUCUUAGAUAUCCUAAUUAAUAGUACUAUACAAACAAUAUCACCACAAAUUAUGGGUUAUUUUAAUGAUCAC